AUGUCACCUGGACAGCGUCUGGAGGCCGUUGACAAGAGAUGUCCUAUGUUAAUCCGUGUGGCAAACAUUGUCUCAAUAAAUCCACAUGGUCUGGUGACCGUGAACUAUGAUGGCUGGGCGGAUAAAUACAACAUAUGCGUAGAAGCAGACUCACCUGAUCUCUUCCCAGUCGGUUACUGUCAGGCUACAGGACAGAAUCUGCAGCCUCCCCCUUUAUAUGUCUACUGGCCAGUCACCUCGUAG